CGCGCUCUUCGUCUGGGGCUUGAGAACCCAGAGGAAGUGUGCGCGCCGCAUAAGCGCGAGCCGAGUUUAAAAGUGAUUUAACGGCAGGUUACUUUAUUUCUUAAAUCGGGUGUGUGAGAAAACGCUUCGUCGUGUACGACUGUAACGAGAAAAAGCAAUGAGUCGUUAAAUAUUCUGCGGUUUUGUCAAUGUAGGGUCGAUUUUUUUCGGGAUAAGACAUGAGAGACCAAGGUGAGAAACGUUAGCUAAGUUGGUUAGCAGGUCCGCUAACAUUUAACGAUAUAUUUUUUAAAGGUUAUUUGGAUUGGCAUUAAAGCUGAAAAAAACAAACAAACAAACAAGGACUUCAACUGGAAUUAAAGCUGUUUUUGCUGCUAGGACUGUAUAUAUUUUAAAGCACAUUUUGGGGAUAUAUUUGAUCAUUCAUGUACCGUUUCAAAAAAGUAGGUUACCAAACAAGGUGCUAGAUGGUGAGUGGAACGGCUGUGCGUAAUGCUGAAACGACUCACCCGGAGUCAGAAUGAGUGUCACAGAUGGCGAGGGCAUAGCUAGCCAAGAUGGCCGGGCCUACGUUAUUCAAAUCUACCCCCGCCUCUCCUUGGAGACAGCACCAUGCUGCAUAGUCAGAGUGCGCAAAGAGGCCACGGCGGCAACCGUCAUCCAGGACGCAGCUGCCACCCUGGGCCUGGAUGUCUCCAAGUGCUACGUAUUGGCUGAGGUGAAGGAGAGCGGAGGUGAGGAGUGGGUCCUGGAGGCCACGGAUCUGCCGGUGCACAGAGUCUUGCUGUGGCCCAGGAAAGCUCAGGAGGAGCACGCGCAGAGUGAGGGAUUCUACUUCAUCCUGCAGGAACGCAAUCGUGAUGGCAGCAUCUGCUAUGCUCACCUUCCUACUGUCUGUAGAGAUCAGGAUGCUCAGCACCUGGUCGCUCGGGGCUUCCUGCCCCCCUGCCUCGAGGACGUCAACGACCUAUGUAACCUUCCCAUCCUCAACGAGGACACUAUCCUGGCCAACCUACACAGCCGUUUCCAGAAGAAGAAGAUCUACACGUAUGCCGGCAGCAUCCUCGUUGCCAUUAACCCUUUCAAGUUCCUUCCCAUCUACAAUCCCAAGUACGUCAAGAUGUACGAGAACCAUCAGCUGGGUAAAUUGGAGCCCCACAUCUUCGCCAUCGCAGACGUCUCUUAUUACACUAUGCUGCGUAAGAGGAUCAACCAGUGCAUUGUUAUAUCCGGGGAGAGCGGCUCGGGCAAAACGCAAAGCACUAACUUCUUGAUCCACUGCCUGACUGCUCUGAGUCAAAAAGGAUACGCCAGCGGGGUGGAGAGGACCAUCCUCGGAGCGGGGCCUGUCCUGGAGGCAUUUGGCAACGCAAAGACCGCCCACAACAACAACUCCAGCCGCUUCGGGAAGUUCAUACAAGUCAACUACUUGGAGAGCGGAGUAGUCAGGGGGGCAGUGGUCGAGAAGUACCUGCUGGAGAAAUCCCGCUUGGUGUCCAGAGAAAAAAAUGAAAGAAACUACCAUGUGUUUUAUUACCUGCUCGUGGGAGCAUCUGAGGAGGAACGCAAGGAGUACAAGCUCCUGCAGCCAGAGAACUACAGCUACCUCAAGCAGCAAAACUUUACCAUAGAGGAUGCAGACGACCUUCGGCACGACUUUGAGCGCCUGCAGCAGGCCAUGGAGAUGGUGGGCUUCCUUCCUGCCACCAAGAAACAGAUAUUCUCGGUGUUAUCGGCCAUUUUGUACCUGGGCAACGUCACCUACAGCAAGAAAGCCACAGGCAGGGACGAGGGACUGGAGGUGGGACCACCUGAGGUGCUCACUAACCUCUCAGAACUUCUCAAGGUCAAAGAAGAGCUGCUAGUCGAGGCACUAACAAAGAGGAAAACGGUUACUGUCAAUGAUAAGCUGAUCCUUCCCUACAGCCAUAGUGAGGCGAUCACAGCACGAGACUCUAUGGCUAAGUCUCUGUACAGUGCCCUGUUUGAUUGGAUUGUCCUACGCAUCAAUCAUGCGCUGCUCAAUAAGAAGGACAUGGAGGAAUCUGUUCCGUGUUUGUCCAUAGGCGUUCUGGACAUCUUUGGCUUUGAGGACUUUGAGACCAACAGCUUCGAACAGUUCUGCAUUAACUAUGCUAAUGAACAGUUGCAAUAUUACUUUAACCAGCACAUCUUCACACUGGAGCAGGAGGAGUAUCAGGCCGAGGGCAUCACGUGGCACAACAUCGACUACACUGAUAACGUGGGCUGCAUUCACCUCAUCAACAAGAAACCUACCGGACUCCUCUAUUUACUGGACGAGGAGAGCAAUUUUCCCCAUGCCACAGAUAUAACCUUGCUGGCCAAAUUUAAGCAGCAGCACGAGAGAAACCACUACUUUGUGCCCACGCCUGUGAUGGAGCCUGCCUUCGUCAUCCGCCAUUUUGCUGGGAAGGUCAAGUACCAGAUCAAGGAUUUCCGGGAGAAGAAUACGGACCACAUGCGGCCGGACAUCGUGGCCCUGUUGCGCAGCAGCGAUCGGGCCUACGUGCGCCAGCUGAUUGGGAUGGACCCGGUGGCCAUGUUCCGCUGGGGCAUCCUCCGUGCCGCCAUCCGUGCCCUUGCUGCCUUCAACGAAGCCGGACGCCGCUGGGCCGCCAAAACUUCUGGUGUGGUUAGACCAGUUUCAAGAGUUCCACUGGGAGAGCUGCAGAGGUCCAACACGCCCAUCGAGAGGAUGUAUCGCCAGGCUUCUAUGCUCGAUUUCUCUUUUGAUCUCUCAGAGGAGCGCCCCCUAGAGGCUUUUGAGGACAUCUUUGCUAGUUAUGAGAGUAAAAACGACAUGCAUGCUCAAAUUAUCAGCUCCAUUAAGGACUUGCAGUUGGAUGGCGAAGACCCACGUAAGCUGCUUCAGUCCUGGGGUCGCCUGCGCUUCCCACGCCACCUUCUUCAGAAGAACAAGAACACCAAGCACAAGCAGCUGAUUCCGAAGAACCUGCUGGACUCACGCUCACUGAAGUUCAUUGUUGGCCUUCAUGACCGCACUACCAAGUCUCUCCUUCACCUGCACAAGAAGAAGAGGCCCCCGAGCAUCAGUGCUCAGUUCCAGACUUCUCUCAGUAAGCUGCUGGAAACUCUGGCGAAGGCUGAACCCUUCUUCAUCCGCUGUCUGCGCUCAAAUGCUGAAAAGAAGGAGAUGUGUUUUGACGAGGCACUGAUCCUACAACAGCUACGUUACACGGGCAUGCUUGAGACCGUGCGCAUCAGGAGGUCCGGAUACGGUGCCAAAUACACCUUCCAGGAGUUCCUUGAGCAGUUUCGCGUGUUGCUGCCAAAAGAUGCGUCUUCUCCAGAAGAAAUCUCGACUCUGCUAAAGAACCUCGACCUCGACCCAAAGACGUACCAGAUAGGCAAAACUAAGGUGUAUCUCAAAGAGCUGGAAAGGCAAAAGCUUCAUGAUACUCUCCACAAAGACGUCAUGCACAAAAUCGUUUUCCUGCAGCGCUGGUUCCGAGAUAAGUUGCAGAGAAGGGAGUUCCUUCAGAUGAGACAGGCAGCCAUCGUUCUUCAGCGCUCGUGGCGUGACUGCCGCGAGAGACGUGGUCGAGCAGCAACUCUUAUUCAGGCAGCAUGGCGUGGAUUCAAACAGAGAGCCAAAUACCAGAACCGGCGAGCCUCUGUAACCAAAAUCCAGGCUCUGGUCCGAGGCCAGUCCGCUCGAAGAAGGUACUCUUCACUGAAGGAAGAGAAGAGGAAGAGAGAAGAGGAAGAAGCUCUACGGAGGAAAGAGGAGGAGGAAGAGGCAGCCAGGCGAGUCCAGGAGGAAGCAGAGGUGGCCCGAAAAACCCAAGAGGCCGAGGAGGCAGCCAGACAAGAGAGAGAGGCAGCUGAGGCUACCAGGAGGGCACAAGAGGAAGCAAAGCGACUAAGAGAUGCAGAAGAGGCGGCUAGAAGAGAGAAGGAGGCAAAGGAGGCGGCAGCGAAACUCUCUGAAGAGAACACAAAGAAGGAAAGCCCAGAGAUGCAACUUAAUAAUCAAGCUGUCAUAAAAAUGGACGGACAACAGGAAAACCAGCAGACUGAGGCUGGUCCUCAGCAUGAAGCAGAGCUCCAGGAUAGUCAAAUAAAACAUGUGCACAAUAAGAGUUUCGUUGUUUUAGAGAAGCACAAUGAAGACAUGCGAGCUGUCCAAGAAGCUACCAAAGGCUCUAAUAUUGCAUUACCAGCCAGUGAUAACCCCUCAAUUACUGUUACUGCCCUCCCUAAAACGUCCCCCAAACUUUCUGUGGAAGACGAUGUAAAAAGCUCUCCAACUGGCAGUUCAACGGCUAACACCAUUCAUUCUGACCCAGGCCGGUCCAGAGGUCCGCCUAUGGGAAAGCUUCCUGCCUCCCGGAGUCAGGAAAAGAGGGAGCUGAGGAGGCAGCGUGGUUUAGAACACAGCCAGAGGGAGAGUGUGCGUGCAGCUGCAGCAAGCAAAGAUGAGAGCUGCAAAGAACUCGACCAGUACACCUUUAUAUCCCAGAAGGUCGAGAAGCCUAAGAAAGAGACUGAAGAUAAAGAAGAGAAGGUAAAGAAAGAAGCUGUGACCAGUCCGAUCAGGCCCUUGACUUUACCCCUGGAAGUGCCAGUGUCUAACGAUCCCAAACGCGCUCCAAGGACCAAGGACGUGCCAAGUCAGGAAAAGAGCAUCACCCAGCACGAGAACAUGUUAAAAGAGCCCAGACCCCAGCAGGAUCAGAGGACUAAGACGUUAAAGACCUCCCGGUCAUUAGAUGAUGUAUCCGAGACCUCAGAAGUCCCUACAGGUUUUCAGGGCAACGUGCCUUAUCGGAAGUGUCCCAGACGCAGACAUCGACUAGACUUUGUACGUAACUGCUUGAAUGAUAAAAGUGCAGAAAUGGAGGAUGUGGAGUUCUGGAUGUACUCUCACACAAUCCCUGUACAGCCCAUGCCUCGUGUUGUGGAGGGUCCACAUGGAGGAAGAGUAGGCAGUGUGAAAAGGUCACCGCAGGACGAAGGCCCUCACGCCCAUCCUCACACUCCCGAGAGGUCAACAGGCUUCUUCAGGAAGAUCCUGAAGAAACGUCCUCAUAAAGAGGCUCAAACUCCAGAAGACGGAGACCUGACGAUGGCAGCUGCUUUGAGUGAAAAAGAGAGCACCCACUCCGUCCCAUCUUCACACACACAUCAUUCAGAGCCUCCCAGUGGGCGUCCGAGUCGAAACCCCACUAUUAAGAUCAGCCGUGCCACACGGGUCACAGAGCAUUGGAACGCCUCGCUGGACCGAGAGAUCACCAAUGCCAACGAGCUCCGGCAUCUCGAUGAGUUUCUGGGAAAUCAGGUGAAUGACCUGCGCUCGAGAGGAAAGCAGCUGUCGGCGACGGAGCACAUCUUUAUCACAGCCACCAUGCAGUUCAGAGAGAACAUCAAAAGCAUGUACUCUCUCUCAAAGCCUCACAUUGGAUAUAAGGGUCUGAUGAGGGGCUACCAGAACAAGGUGAUCAGUUUAGCCGGUGAGCAGCAGAAAUGCGAGGUGCAGCUCGUUGUCAAUCUGUUCCAGUCUGUGCUGGAUGGGUUUAUCAGAGGAGAGAUCAAAAGGGAGGAGGCUGAACCGGUGAAGCCUCCAAAAGGUCGGAAAAAGAGGCGGAAAAAAGACAAGAAUACGGAGAGUCAACUGGACCAUGUGUUCAGUAACUUCCAGGUGAACAUAAUGCAGUCGUGUGACCAGUGCUCCUCCUACAUCUGGGUGAUGGAGAAAGCCUAUGUGUGCAGCUAUUGCAAGCUGGUUUGCCAUAAGAAGUGUCUGUCCAAAAUCGUUACAGAUUGUAAUACGUACUGCUCAAAAAAGAGUGAAGAGGACUCUGGUUGUCAGCACUUUGGCGUGCGUGUAUGCCGCCUGGUCGAUGAUAAGGUCCCGGUCCCCAUGGUUCUGGAGCUGAUGCUGGAACAUGUGGAGAUGAAUGGCCUCUAUACUGAGGGCAUCUACAGGAAGUCCGGCUCAGCCAACCGUAUGAAGGAGCUCCGGCAACUUCUGGAAGCUGAUCCUAAUAGUGUGUGUUUGGAGGACUACCCCAUCCACACUGUAACUGGUUUGGUGAAACAGUGGCUGAGGGAGCUCCCUGAACCCUUAAUGACGUUUAAUCACUAUAACGACUUCCUCCAUGCAGUAGAAUUACCUGAAAAGCCGGAACAGGUUCUGGCCAUCUACAGGGUUAUAGAGGAGCUCCCUACAGCCCACUACCAGACUCUAGAGAGACUCAUUUUCCACCUAGUCAGGGUGUCAAGGGAGGAGAAGAGUAACCGGAUGACUCCAAACUCCCUGGCCAUUGUUUUUGCCCCUUGCAUCCUGCGUGGCCCUGACAGUGCAGACCCACUCCUCAGCAUGAAAGAUGUUGCCAAGACAACCACGUGUGUAGAGAUGCUGAUUAACGAGCAGAUGAGGCGGUACAUAGAAAGGCUGGAGGAGAUUGAGCAGCUGGAGUAUGCUGAGACACUGGCAAAGAACCAACUCAAGCUGAAGAGAAGCAACACUAGCUGGCCUUUACCUCUAAGGUUUACCUCUCCUUAUAAAGGAGUAGCGGUAAAGGAGAAACCUUCUGACCUGCGUGUUGUUCCUGAGAAUGAACCACUUGACUCAGAUACAGAGGCUGAGAGGAACUUGAUGGAGCGAAUCAAGUCCAUCAAACAGGAAAAAGAGGAACUGGUCUGCAGGCUGCCAGAUAUGGAGCAGCCGGGUUCGGAUCAGGAGAAUCUGGACUCUGAGGCUUCGGCUAGCUCAGAGAGUCUGUUAGAUGACCGGACCACCUGUUUGGACAUGGAAGGUAGAAUGACCAUUGUACUGCAAACCCGUAAAACUAAACCUUCUAGCUCAUCCUCGUUACCCCAAUUGACUUCAUCGGGAAGUCAGAACUUCUCCUGUCCCUCCUCUCCUGUAGCCACUUCCUACAGAAACCAGCUCCAGCGCCGUUAUCCCAUCAUCCCCUGCACGCUGCGCCUGCCCCCUGGCGUCUUCACGCUUGUACAGAGACGGCCGAGACCCGGACGCCGCAAAGACAGCAUCCAGUCGCUCUUCAUCGGCUCUGGGACUGAAUUAGAUGCCUUGUCCUCUGCUUCGUCUUCCUCCUCUAUCCCACAGAAUCUCCUGGUCUCCUCCAGACGCUUCUCAGACCCUGACAUUGCUCAUAUCCAGGACGGUGUUUGAUUUACGCCUUUAGUAACGGUUCAGCCAGGACGACUGUUCCUACUCGCCAAGCACUUUCCCCCCCAUCAUUAUUAUUAAUAUAGAUUUUUAAUAGACUUUUUUUAGUGCAGAUUUAUGGUGCAGCCUCAUGGGGCUAUCAUAAACCUAAAUUCUAUGCUUCAUAUAAAAAUUUUUUUUUUAUUUUAUGGACAAAGAGCAUGAUGUUGCACCUUUCUACUUUUUUUUUUUUGUUUGUUUUUGUUUUUUUUAAAACAGUUUUUCAUUGUGCCUUUGGUUUCUUGUCAGUGUAUAAAUUCAUGUUUGUACUGUUUCUCCUGAGGGCAAGACUUUUUUGGAAAUGACCUCACACUUUAAACACUUAAAAAUAAUAAUAAUAAAAUACAAAACCCAGACACUUUCACACCCAUUUUCCUCCAACUCAUUGCUGGUGCAGAUUCUGAGGACCAACAAACUUUUUUUUUUUUUUUUUCUUUCUUUCUUUUUUUUUUUUUUUAAUAUAAGGAAGCUUUUAGCAGUCAAAAGUUUUAGCAGAUUUCUUCAUUUUCUUUUUUGGCUGAGAGUGUUUUACCAUUCAGAGUUAAUUAUUAGUAAAAUAUACGCAGCACACAGAGAGAGAAAGCAGUAUGUAUGUACAUGUCCGGAUUACUUUUAGCUAUUUAUUCUCCGUGUACAGUUGCGCAGUUUAGUGGACUUCUUAGAUAAACAAUUGAUCCUGAUCCUAACAGGGUCGCUGAUUUUAAUGGUAUGUAAAUAACUUCAUGACCUUUGUCUUGUUAUGCUGGAAACGGUUCAACAUUAAAUCACCACGCACCAUGUUGGUGGAAAAUCUCUUUUUGUGGACUGUGCUCUACAGUCUCUUUGGAAUCAUUUUAAUCCUACAAUGGAGCAACAAACAGCAUGAGCCACUUUCCAUCUGAUGGAGAGACCCAGACAAAGCAACAUGAAACAUUUUGUGUACUUGCAUCAGCUUUUUUCAGACAAUUAACCAAUACCUGGAUCUUGUAGUAAAACAAUAGGACGCUGCGCUCGAGGUCCGUGGGAACAUCUGAGAAGAACUGUGUGUAUUGUGUUUACUAAUAAUGUUACGUGUUUAACCUGCUGGUGUGUUUUGUGCCAUGUGGAAGUGUAGCUAAUGAGAAACAAUGGAUGAUGAUGAUGAGUAUGAUGAUGAUUUGUGAUGAUUACAGUUCAAAAGUCAUGCUUGCUUUGUUUUCGGUGUAUCUGUACUCUUAAGUGGCGAAUGUUUCUGUACUGCAUCUAAAGGACCGAUCGAACGAAUUAUUUUCUUACAAUACACUUUGUACUUGGCUGCA